AUGCAUGCUCUAUCACUGCGAGGCUGGCUAGUAUCUUCUCAGAUAUGGUACUCAAAGCCGUCUUGCGUACGCUGUGUUUCAUCAAAUUCUAGCUCUGGGUUCCCUUUCCCCACUCAGCCGAGACCUUCUCCGUACGAGAUAUUCCAUCUUCCGUACGGAUGUAGUUCCCAACAAAUCAAGGAAAGAUACUAUGACCUUGUUCGGCAGUAUCACCCUGAUUCACCUUAUUGUCGACAGACUCCUGCUUCCGAGCGACAUGCUCGUUUCCAAGCUAUAAGAGCCGCAUAUGAUUCUUUGAGGAAGGGCGACAAGAUUGGCCUCAAAAAUGCUCACCUGUUCGAUGAAUAUGCCGAUGAGAUCGCAAGACGGAAGAACAUAUACUACAAGCAUCAGCAAUAUCGAAACCGAGGACCAAAUGUCGCCAAAGGUUAUGAAUCACGGUACGAAUGGAAUAGUAAUGCAGAUGAUAGAUGGAAGGACCAUAUGAUCCUGGGCUUCGGGAUAGUGUCCAUCGUAAUUGGUGUGUUUCCGGGGCUGAUUCUGUUCCCGAGACACAUAAGGCAGCACAACGAGGCGGUACAGAAUCUCACUCAAGCUAGGCUUCAAGCAACCGAGCAUGGGGAACAGAGGAGACUUGAAAUAAAGAAUAGAUUGAAAGAAAUGGGAUCCGAUAUAGCCAGGGAUCCUUCUAGGUCAUCUUCCUCGACCCGAUAA